UUGUGAUUUUAAUGAAUGGAGCGAAUUUGGAGCGGCCGUUUUUUUUUCAUGUGAACGUGAAGCGGUAGGAAAUGACAUCGAUCGAUGAGCGCUCAACUCCGUUCACAUACUCUGGUACAGGUUAGGGUUAUGGACGUCCCAAGAAUUCCAGAUUGCAAUGACCAAGGGACGCCUGCGCUCUGACUACUACACUGGAAACAUAUCGCUCAACUCCAAUUUGAACCCCAUCCCCGGCCCGUUUACAGCAUGGAAAGGAAAGUUCUUGCACUCCAGGCGAGGAAGAAAAGGACAAAGACGAAAAAACCCGGCAAAAAACCAGACCCUGCGCCGCGGGGAGGUGCGUCCAAGCAGAAUGACUCUCCUAUCCCAGACCAGGAUGAGGAGAUACUGGGCUCUGAUGACGAGGAGCAGGAGGAUCCCAACGACUACUGUAGAGGAGGUUACCACCAUGUGAAGAUAGGAGACCUGUUCAAUGGGAGAUACCAUGUGAUCAGGAAGCUGGGCUGGGGACAUUUCUCCACUGUGUGGCUGGCCUGGGACAUACAGGGGAAGCGUUUUGUGGCCAUGAAGGUGGUGAAGAGUGCAGAGCACUACACUGAGACAGCCCUGGAUGAGAUCAAGCUGCUGAGAUCAGUGAGGAACACGGACCAGAACGACCCCAGCAGAGAGAAGGUGGUUCAGCUACUAGACGACUUCAAGAUCUCUGGCAUGAACGGAAGUCAUGUCUGUAUGGUGUUUGAGGUUCUGGGUCAUCACCUGCUGAAGUGGAUCAUCAAGUCUAACUACCAGGGCCUUCCUUUGCCCUGUGUCAAGAGCAUCAUUCGACAGGUUCUCCAGGGGCUGGACUACCUCCACUCAAAGUGUAAGAUCAUCCACACGGACAUCAAGCCAGAGAACAUCUUGUUGACUGUUAACGAGCCCUACAUUAGGAAUAUGGCUGCUGAAGCUACGGAGUGGCAGAGGACAGGAGCUCCACCCCCCUCUGGAUCUGCAGUGAGCACAGCCCCUGCGCCCAAACCAACGGCGAAGAUGUCAAAGAACAAGAAGAAGAAGAUGAAGAAGAAACAGCGGAAGCAYGCYGAGAUGUUAGAGAAGAGGAUUCAGGAGAUGGAGGGAGCGCCGGAGGGAGGAGAGGAGGAGGGGGAAGAGGAGACUGAAGGGACCACCACAGACUCCCCCCCGCCCACCGACACGCUACAGGACAUCGCUAAUGGUGUCACAGCAGACCCAGCUCCAGAUKAAAUGGAGGAGGAGAGCAGGAUGGAGGUGAACUGCAAUGGCCAUGCCCUCUCGGAGAGCCAUGUGGUACAGAGGACCAACGAAGAAGAAGAGGACCAACAGAACGCCAACAAACUUGACGCCGUAGCCCCCGACAAUGUCAGUACCCAGGGACGGGACUCGCCAGCCAACGCAGUUUACCCAGAAUGCAAUGGCAGAGGGCCCGGUGACCCUGGAACACACGAUAAAGAAGGAAGAGGGAGAGGAAAGGAGGGCGAGACAGAGGAGUGUAAACGACCAGAGAAGGAUGACGAGGAGAGAAAAGACGAGGAGAUGGAGACGGAUGAGGUGCCUGGAAGAGAGGAUGAAGAGGAGGGCGAGAGGAAUGAUAAAGUAGCAGCAGGUAGUCUGUUGGUCAACCCUCUGGAKCCUCUCAAUGCAGACAAGAUCCAGAUCAAAAUCGCUGACCUGGGGAACGCCUGCUGGGUGCACAAGCACUUUACAGAUGACAUCCAAACUCGUCAGUACCGUUCUCUGGAGGUGUUGAUGGGAGCCGGCUACGGGACGCCUGCUGAUAUCUGGAGCACUGCCGCAAUGGCUUUUGAGCUGGCUACAGGAGACUACCUGUUUGAGCCUCACUCUGGGGAAGACUACUCUAGAGAUGAAGAUCACAUAGCGUUGAUCAUUGAGUUGUUGGGUAAAGUUCCUAAGAAGCUGAUCCUGGCCGGAAAAUACUCCAAGGAGUUCUUCACCAAGAAAGGUGACCUGAGGCACAUUACCAAGCUGAAGCCGUGGGGUCUGUUGGAGGUGCUGGUGGAGAAGUAUGAGUGGUCUAAAGAGGAGGCAGCUACCUUUGCUAGCUUCCUUUUCCCAAUGUUGGACCUGGUACCAGAGAAGAGAGCUACGGCUGCAGAGUGCCUCCGACACGCAUGGAUCGCCCCCUAGAGGAGCCACAGCGCUACCACAGCCAACAAGCAGCUCAUACAGUACACAUACAUACAUACAUACAUACAUACAUACAUACAUACAUACAUACAUACAUACAUACAUACAUA